AAAACAAGCUAAAUUAGCAUCGGCAAUUUAAGCUAGUAAGCGCUUUGGUCCAACACAAAAAGUAAAACAACCACUCCACCGGAGAUUUCAAGUAAAUGCGUGGAAACCGCCGGGGCUAACUUCUACCAGUUAAUUAACCGCCACACAGUUACCGUGCGGAAUUCCUACAUCGUAGAGGCGGAGAUUAUGCAUCACGUGAAGAUCAAGACUGAACGGCCAGAUGUCGAUAGUGGUGCACGCAGCAGAUUGGAUGCUGUGUUAAAGGGACUGGUUGAGAAGAGUGAGAAUGAAAGGGAGCAAAAUGAGGGUGACGCUGGAAAAAUUUCCGCAGACUCUUUAAACAAGGAUUUGUCUCCAUCAUCUGCUGGAAAAAGACCUUCAGCUCGAUUUCCACAGCACCGUAGGAAGAAGCGGAAAGAGAUGGAUGAGGGCAUACCAGAGAGCAAUCAGCAUAAACAAAAUGCUUACAUUAUCAAGCUGUUUGAUCGCAGUGUGGAUCUGGCUCAGUUCAACACCAGCACCCCACUGUAUCCCAUCUGCCGUGCCUGGAUGAGAAACAAUCCCUCUGUUCGAGAGCCACCUGCUUCCCCAAGCCCCCCUCACAGCAUGGUAGAGGAAGAGGUCACUGACAUGAUCAAUGGUAAAGGUCAGAAUGUGGUCAGACUGCCUCCUCCAACAUCCUGUCCAAUCAGCACCUCUGGUGAACCUAUCAAUCUCCGGAUCCCACAGACUGAAAAACCCAAUGUUACCAAGUUAACAGAUUCAGCUCCUAUACCAGGCUCUCUCAUAUGUGACCACAUGGAACGUUGGAAGAAGAUAAGGCAAAAAUGGAAGGAGUGUUCUACUAAGAACCAAUUAAGAUACAGCGAGAGUAUCAAGAUCCUAAAAGAGAUGAAGGAGCUCUAUGAUCGCUAACUACUCGUAGCUCUCCACCACAGAAUGGACUCUAUGCAGUCAGAAUUGACUCGAUUUCUGAAUACACCUGCUAUUUAUUCAAAAUGAUCAGACUCAUAGGAAAACAUAAACUGAACCCGGAGCCUUAAAGGGACCAUUUGUCCAAUGCAUUACAGAUUUUUUUUUUCCUCAAGGAUGUUCAAGUUUGUUGCAAUUUCUUGUGCAGGAAUGUUUUCUAGUGUGACAUGGGACUGUUUUUUAUUCAUAGAAGUUUUGCAUAUAUGAAAUAAUUUAUUUGCUCAUUGGUAAAAGUGUUGUUCAACAAAAAACGACUUGUGACUUCUCAACAUGAACAAGACAAAUUAAAGUCCAUUUUGGUCUCUUCCA